UGUAAACACUGUAUAAGAGUAUACUAAGUAUUGCUGAGUGUAAACUAGCUAUAAGCAUAUCAAUGUAUCUAUUUCGAUAAGUUGAAUAAAUACAACUCUGGGGAGGCCAUGAAAUGAAUGAUGGGGGCACUUCCGGAAAAACCAGAAACCAAGACACACGCGAGUUAUUAUUUAUCAUCAAUUAUCUCCAUUUAAACAGAAGAUCGACCGAGUUUAAAACUUCAGGUGUGGAGAACGAGCCAGGAGGAAACAAUUAAAAAGAGAAUUUCGCGGAAAUAUGAUGAAUUCAAGGCAAGACAUAAUAAAUGUUCUUAGUGACGCUCAGGUGGAUUUUCCAACCUCUGCCACAACGGGACAGCUUCGUAAUUUGCUACGGGCCGUUGUAGGUGGGCCAGUGCCAGGAUCUGCCGAAGCAGGUGACAUUGCCACAAACACUGAUGCUGCUGUAAAUACUGCUGUUGCCAUAAAUGCCGACACUGCCGCUGCCGAAAAUUCCGACACUGCUGCUACUGUAAAUGCCGCCGCUGUUGUAAAUGCUGACACUGCCGCUGCCGUAAAUGCCGAUACUGACGUCUGCAACGAUUUUGAUAAUGCCGGCUCCAACGCCGUCGUUGGAAACUCUGAUUCUGCUGCCGCCGAAUGCAUGCCGGGAUCGUUAGGGAACAUAGACCAGGAGGUUAUGGCCCUUCGCAAGCGCCUGGAAAUGUUGCAGUUGAUGCAACAAAUUGAACAACUCGAAAGCCGCAAAGCCGCUGGAGGUCACCGUCGUCUGGAUUUUGGCGAAAUCGAGCACGCAUUGCCAAAAUUUAGUGGAGACGAUGUGGCCUACCCCGUUAACCAUUUUGUACGAGACUUCGAAGAAAUUAUGGAGUCAACGGGCGCUAAUAACAAUUUUAAGCUUCUCGCACUCCGUCGCUGUUUGACUGGUACGGCUCGGGUGUUUUUGACCACCACAGCAGCACUCGGUUACGACGCGCUAAAAGGAGCACUUGUAAAAGAGUUUGACUUUGCUGUAACCAGGCAAGAAAUUUACAAGAUGUUGGCACAGCGGAAGUGGAAGAAGAGGGACGAGACACUACACCGCUAUGUGUUAAAUAUGCAGGCAAUUGCAAAGCGGGCAAACAUCGCAGAGGCAGAGGUGAUUGAUUUUGUAAUCGACGGAAUAGGGAAUGCGGUACCAAACGUGCAUUUAUUGCUAACAGCGCGGACUAUUGAAGAAUUAAAAGUGCUCAUUAGCCGCUACCAGAAUAAGUAUUUUAUGACUAACUCCCCGACAACUGUGGUUCAGAAGACACAGCAAGCUAACCAGCCACAUAAGACCGAAGCAAAGACCAGAUGGUUCGUGCUUCAAGUGCUGGAAGAUGGGGCACGAUCACCGCGCUUGUCCAAAUCCAAGAAAAGUGUUGAAGCGUAA